AUGCAUCUAUGGACCGAUAAAUUUUUCGACUGGAAACAAGUUCUCAAUGUCACAGUAACAUCUACAAGCGGAAGGCGAACCACAUGCCAUGGUACGGAUGGCAAUCUGUUCGCCACAAACUACGGAUCAACCAGUCGUUGGCAUGCUCAGUAUAAUGCAACCCUCUGUCGUGACGGCAAAGUCGGAGCAGAAAUAGCGACAUCUCUCCAGGCCGACCUUGACGCCACCGGAGAAGAAAAGGCAAUAUGCAGGUCUGCAGUCGCAGUUGGAUGGAUUCGGGCUACGCAUCAAUACUGUGAUGGACCACUUGGUAUGGGCGAUUUUCGGCGAAGACAAAUCCUGACAGACCCGGACGCGCAUCCAGUGACUUCUUAUCCGGGAUUUGAGGAUGCUGCCAGCAACAACACUUUCCUCAUGUUGUGCCAGCCAGAGAUCCAAGUCGGUGAUGCCACCGUAAUCGUCGACAAAACGGGCGUUUUGACACAGCCAGCAAGAGAUCUCGCACCUGAUCAGGAUCAAAGCUCUCAAGCACUUGACAAAUACUUCUCGAACGGCGCUGCCGAACUCAUGUCACAAUCGAGCUUAUUCAUCUUUCGAACUCUGCAGCCCUUGUGGCAUAACGACACCUUCGCCAGCGAGUUCAUCCACUACUUCAUGAAUCGAGCUGGAGGAUCGCUACGGCUGACGGACCCAAACAUGCCACUACCCACAUUCGCAGACGUCGAGACGCCAAUGAACCAAGCAUACUCACGACUCUUUGCCAUUUGGCUCGGUGUGAACAGGGAGCUUCUUUUCGUGCCGGCAAACAACACAACAACGCCACAGGUCUCUGGCAUCGUCAUAACACCUGAAGAACGCCUGCUAUUUGUCACUCCCCUAUUCAUCAUCUCGGAGUGUAUCCUCAGCAUCUACAUUGUCGUCUCUCUCAUCGUCUACUUGCGCCGUCCAGGUCGCUAUCUCGCGCGCAUGCCUACCAGUCUCGCUGCGGUUAUUGCACUCUUUGCUUCAAGCGCUGCUGUCAAGGAUCUACGCGGUACAGCUUACAUGACGAACAAAGAGCGCGAGAAGUAUCUUGAAGAGUUGGGCUGCAGGUACGGGUACGGCAGCUAUGUAGGCGGUGAGGACAGUGUUGUACAUGUAGGUAUCGAGAAGAUGCCCUUUGUGCAGUACCUGAAGGAAGUCAGCUUUGUGGGAAGUAUGGCUGGGAAAGGUGUAAAGAGAAGGGGCGAUUCUGCUGCGUCCGAAUAUAAGGUGUUUGGGAAAUACACCCGCAUUUAG